AUGUCUUAUAGAUCCAGCAUCAACUCUCAUACCCGCUCAAGCUCACAUGCAAGCUACGCUUGGAAGAAAUACGAAGACGCACUUCAGCAACUCAAGAUAGAUGUACAGAACCUCGAUACCCAGAUCAGACACGCAGGGGCGUCUUGGAAGAAGGCGGAAAUGGGUAAACCAGAGAAUCAGCGUUUCCAGCACAAUUUUAUUGGAUGGAUUCAGGCGCUCCAGCAAGCAGAUGCGCUGAUCUAUCAAGUUGGUAGGCUCUCCGAUUCUGCGCCUGCGUGGCGACGGCACUGGUCACCUGAAACGCCGUACGAGAUGCACCGAGCGUAUGAUUGUGUGUAUGCACAUGCGAUUGGCUUGAUCGAAGAUGAGCGUGUUUCCCCUGCGAGAGUAGUGGAGACUCUGCAGGAGCAGUUGAAGGAGUCUAAAGAAACGUUUGCUGAGCUUGCAGGUGAUGAUGAGUCUAGUGAAUUAUCAUUUCUUUCCAAGUUCAAGUGGACUUCCUGUCAACAAAUCAAAAACCUGCCUGGUCGUCUCUAUGCACCAUAUGGCGAUGUUAUUCGUACGGGUGCUCACAUUUCCGAUUCAUCGUCUGUUCAUCCACACAUGUCUCACCCUUUCACUCUUCACCCAACACCUUCCAUCUUCCCAUACUCUAGAGCAUCCACAUCCUCCUUCACCGCUUCACAACACGUCCCAAAACCCCGCAUUCACCGUGAAACACAAAGCUUCAGAAACCCGCAUUCACCGCAGCUAAAACACCAUUUCUUAGCCAUGUUCCGCAAAUCUCUCCUCAGCCGUUCAUCCCGCACCCACCAACCUACGCGCUCUUCCCUGUCUACAAAGUUCUCCGAUUCGAGCAGACAUUCUAACCUUUUGGACACAGCAAAACAGCAAACAACAUAUCUCCCGUGCGAGAAUCCAGCGCGGGAACAAAGAGAGACUAUACCACUGGACGGUGGAACCACGUUGAAGUCGUCACGAGUAAGAGAUAUAAGCUCACAAGACACACGUAUACCCUCGAAUUCUAACAUCCCCAUUACGUCCGACUGGAUUUCACGGUUCCUUGAAACUUCGCCUUUAUACGCAUACCCAUCGUCGUCCUCAGAAACUCCCUCUCUCCAACUAUCCCCGCACAUACACCACCAUCCCGAACAAAUGCUGUCCCUCCAUCCACCACCUAUCAUAACCCGCCUAGCAACCCUCCUCGCAACCCUCCAAUCCUACUACUACAUCCACGGCCUCUCAGACUAUGACCCCACUAUCCUAUCCGACAUCGAGCGCCUGCGCCCCAAGCUACUGGCUGCGAAACGAGAGUGGGAGCGUCUUGGGGUGUGGGAGGGGAAGAUGGGCCGGGCAGUCGAUGGGGGUGAGGGGAUUUGGAUGGGAGCGGAGAAGGGCUGUGGAGGAUGGAAUGGGUUAUGCGGUGUGAUGGAUGAGAAGGGGUUUAAAGAAGUGGUUGAGGAGGUGUUGGGUGAGGUUGAGGUAUUGGUUAGGGAGGCGGAGGGAGUGUUUAGGGGGAGGGGGUUGGGGUUGUAG